UGGCGGGGUGGGGGAAACCUAGAAAUGGCGAGCAGAGGAGGAGCUAGUCGGGCUGGAUGGGGGGAGAAUCGGGUCCCCUGCCACGAGGCUGGCAGCGAUCUGCACACCGGAGGGACAGAAAAGGAAACUGAGGGUUAGGUGAUUUGCCCCAGGUGGUACAGGAAGGGGCAGAGCUGGGAUUGAAACCAAGAUGACUGGACUCCCAAUCUAAUAGUCUUUCCAUCUCACCACAUUACUUCCCACACUGGAUCCUCAAGGAAAGACUCACCUCCCUGCCCACUGGACACUCUGACCUCCAGAACCUUAUUCAGUGGAGGAUGUCACAGGCUGCCCAUGUUCAGGAGCUCUUCCAUGAGGAAGCCCAUCAGGGUUCCCUGGCUCAGCCCCAGCCGUGGUGGAAGAUCCAGCUGUUCGUUUGGGAGCCGGUGCUUUUUGGGACGUGGGAUGGAGUGUUCACAUCCUGCAUGAUCAAUAUUUUUGGUGUUGUCCUUUUCCUGAGGACCGGCUGGCUGGUGGGGAACACCGGAGUGGUCAUGGGCAUGAUCUUGGUCUCCUUUGUCAUCCUCGUUGCCCUGGUGACUGUCCUGUCUGGCAUCGGCGUUGGGGAACGAUGCAGCGUUGGGAGUGGCGGUGUCUACUCCAUGAUUUCUUCUGUCCUAGGUGGGCGGCUCGGAGGCACUUUUGGCCUGCUCUAUGUGUUUGGGCAGUGUGUUGCAGGCGCCAUGUACAUCACGGGCUUUGCGGAAUCCAUGGCGGCCGUGCUGGGCCUCAGGACCAUCUGGGCGGUGCGAGGCAUUUCCCUGGCGGUGCUGGCGGGGCUGCUGGGCAUCAACCUUGCUGGCGUGAAAUGGAUAGUGCGCCUGCAGCUGCUGCUGCUCUUCCUGCUGGCCGUGUCCACGCUGGACUUCGUGGCGGGCUCGUUCACACACCUGGACCCAGGUAAGCGCCUCGCGAUGGAGGCUGAGCGAGCCCUCGUCCUCGGUGAGCCAGUUGUGCUUCCUGAGGCCGAGUGGGCUCCGAGCUGACUGUGGCCGGGUCCGUUGGGGUGUGUAACGAAGGGGAGUCCGGCUACUUUGCCUGAAAGAAUGUGGCCUGUGCAAGGUGAGCGGUACUAUUUUGUGAUCUCAUGCUCUGAACGUCCAGACUUUGCCCAGGCAGGAUUACUUGAGACAGCAGGUAGCGGACUUUUCCGAUGACUUUGUGUGCUUUUAAAAACCUCCUUAUUAAAAAAGCCAACUUUAAAUCUUAAAGAAGAAAGUAGGUAGUUCUCAAAAGCAAUAUUUUAGGGGCUAGCUAGGUGGUUCGAUAGAUCAAGAGCCAGGCUUAGAGAUGGGAGGUCCCGGGUUCAAAUUUGGCCUCAGACCCUUCCUAGCUGUGUGACCCUGGGCAAGUCACUCAUCUAGCCCUUACUGCUUUUCUGCCUUGGAAUCAAUAUAAAAAAAAAGGAGAAUGAAUACUGUGUAUUGGUUCUAAAGCAGAAGAGUGGUAAGGGCUAGGCAAUGGAAGUUAAGUGACUUCUCUGCCUUGGGACCAAUAUACUGUAUUGAUUUGAAGACAAAAGGUACGGGUUAAAAAAAAAAAGCAAUAUCUUAAAAAAACACCUAGAUACAGUUUGGUGUCUUUUAUUUUACUCUGCACUGGCUAGUCGUGAUCAGUUCUUACUCUAGCAUGGAUUUUCUUUCUAGAUCUUUCUAGAAUCUUCUCUCUUUUCACCUUGAAUCUUUAUUUGUUAUUGUUCCAUUGUUUCAAUCAUGUCUGGCUUUUUGUGACCCCAUUUGGAGUUUUUGUUGUUGUGGUUUUGGCAAAAAUACUGGAAUAGUUUGCCAUGUCUUUCUCCAGCUCAUUCUAUAGAUGAGGCAAACAGGGAUAAGUGACUUGCCCAGGGUCACACAGCUAGUGAGUAUCUGCAGCCAUAUUUACCUCAUGAAGGUGAGUCUUCCAGAGUCCAUGCCCAGCACUCUAUCCACUGUGCCACCUAGCUAACCUUGCAUCUUUAUACUUCAAGUUACAGACAAUUCAGAGGUGGGCCAGGUGAGUCCUGCUUUCAGCUCGAGUGCUUCAGGGCUGCAGAUCCUUUGGGGAUCAAAAAGCCUUGCCUUCCUUCUUUUCCAAUGGGCAGAAGUGCCCCGGACCGUGGCACAUUAGGGUGCCCACUGGAGGCUCCAUAGUUGGGAAGACCCGCCCUUCACGAAGUCUCCAUGCCGUACUUCUGCGCUUUCUCUUCAUUAGAUCUCAUACUUCUUCCAAGCCUUCUGCCCAGUAUGGUUUGUUCGGAGCUCUACGCUUUGGGAGAGAAAGAAAUGUGCUCAUUUAUUAAUUAAAACACAGACUACUAGUUUCCCUUUCCAAAUGCCAUUCUCUCCUGCUCGUACUUGUAAUGAUUAGCACAUGUAGAGCACUUUGAAGGUUGUCAAGCACCUUGCACAUGUUCUCUCAUUUGAUUUAAUCUUCCUAACAACUCUAUGAGAUAGAUAGAAUUAUUGCCUCCAUUUUACAGGUGAGGAAACUGAGGCUG